UCACUUAGCGUUUAUAUACCUAACGUUAGCUGUUUUGGCUUCGUGUAUUUUAACCACAGACUCACUUCACAACUUAAAUAAGGAGAUGUCGUCUUUUUGUGGCACCAGCAACGGCUGCCAAGAUGGGGGUCAAGAGGCCGCAGAGAAACAGGAGAGGGAGCAUCCUCGUAUUCUCAUCCCAGAGUUAUGCCGACUCUUCUACCAGCUUGGAUGGGUGACAGGGACGGGCGGUGGCAUCAGUCUGAGACGAGGAGAGCAGAUCUACAUUGCACCAUCAGGUGUCCAGAAAGAGAGAAUUCAGCCAGAUGACAUGUUUGUGUGUGACGUGGAGGAGAGGGACAUCAGCUGUCCACCUGCCUGGAAGAAGUUGAAGAAGAGCCAGUGUACGCCGCUGUUUAUGAAUGCCUAUACUAUGAGAGGGGCACAGGCAGUUAUACACACCCACUCCAAGGCUGCUGUCAUGGCAACGCUGCUGUAUCCUGGCAAGGAGUUCAGGAUAACACACCAGGAGAUGAUCAAGGGGAUUCGUAAGGGCACCUCAGGCACCAACUAUCGGUAUGAUGACUGCCUGGUGGUGCCCAUUAUUGAGAAUACACCAGAGGAGAAGGACCUGAAAGACCGGAUGGCUCGGGCAAUGCAGGACUACCCAGACUCGUGCGCCGUCCUAGUGCGCCGACACGGUGUUUAUGUUUGGGGCGAGUCGUGGGAAAAAGCCAAGACCAUGUGUGAAUGCUACGACUACCUGUUUGACAUCGCCGUGCAGAUGAAGCAGUGUGGACUGGACCCCGCCGCCCACCCAACGGAGGAAAAAGGAAUAGUUUGACAUUCAGUGGUGCUUUUUAAAGAGACAUUUGUUGCAGAAAGGUCAGUGGAGUUCAAUCAGGAGAGCAGAUUGUAAUCAUUUGCCUUUUCACGCCGGCCUGCUUCAAAUUUGAUGAAAUUUGAUGGUGAGGGCAGAUCCAAGGUUGAAGGAGAUUGAAUGCCUGUGAUCCGGAAGCACCUGCAGCUACGCUUGCAAAGCACUAUGGGACAGAUCUUGAAUGAGCAGCCGGCAAAUCAGGGUCCUCAGGUUCAAAUGCUUCUCUAUUCAAGUCUGACUGCACUGAUAAUAUGGUGUCUGUGCAGGUCAGGCAUGAUCAUACAGUGCAUCUCUAUUGAUCUGCAGCAGUGAUUAACUGCCUUUCCUUCAAUCAAUAAAAACUGAUGGAAUGUAAA